UCUCUCUCUCUCUCUUGUGAACUUGUAUUUAUACCCCAAAUUUUUCGAGGCAGAAACAUAAAUUUGAAGCUUAAUUAUAGUAUAUUCUUAGGUGCAAAAAUGGUUGAAAGCAAGGUGAUUUUGUGUGUAGUUUCCAUACAAACCAUUUAUGCAGGCAAUUUCUUGCUUACGAAGCUAGCUUUCGAUGUGGGAAUGAACACAUUUGUGUUUGUUUUCUACAGACAAGCUGCUGCUACUCUUUUCUUGGCCCCCAUUGCCAUCUUCUUUGAGAGGAAGACAGCUCCUCGGCUUUCAUUCUCUACAUUCAUCAAGAUUUUCUUCCUUUCUUUGUUUGGAAUUACGAUGAGCUUAGAUGUUGUUGGAGUAGGUUUGAAGUCAACAACUGCAUCUUUGGGAGCUGCAAUUUCCAACAGUCUUCCAGUUAUCACUUUCUUCCUUGCAGUUUUAUUAAGUGUGAAUAUGUGUGCAUGUAAGUGCAGAAUGGAGAAGGUGAAGAUAAGGACAAGCCCAGGAAUGAUGAAAAUGAUAGGAGUAAGCUUGUGCAUGGGAGGAGUAGCAGCCAUUGCUUUCUAUAGAGGACCCUUUAUCAAACUAUGGCACCUUCAUCACAUUCACACCACUUUCCAUUCUCAAAUAACUCCAACCAAUACAUGGAUUAAGGGUGUCUUUCUCUUGCUGCUCUCCAACACUACCUGGGCUUCCUGGCUUCUUUUCCAGGGACGAGUGCUGAAUAUUUAUCCUUCGAAGCUGCUGUUAACAACGCUGCAGUGUUUUCUAAGCACAAUACAAUCAUUCGUAGCUGCUGUCGCAUUUGCAAGGGACCCUGCUCACUGGAAAAUUGGAUGGAAUAUUCGACUUCUAUCAGUUGCUUAUUGUGGAAUAAUUGUGACAGGCGUUACAUUUUACAUGCAAGCAUGGGUGAUUGAGAAAAGAGGUCCAGUGUUCUUGGCCAUGACCACUCCACUUAUCACUCUCAUUACACUACUCAUAUCUGUAUUCGUCUUGGGUGAAACUGUCACUUUGGGAAGUGUUUUGGGGGCAGUUUUACUAGUUGGAGGGCUUUAUUUUGUGUUGUGGGGAAAGACCAAGGAGGAACAAAGGGCAAAAAUGGCAUGCCACCCAAAUCUUGAUCAGGAGAAACCAUGUGAAGAAUCAUCGCCAGAGAUAAUUAAUUAAGUCUUAAUUAGGUUUAAACUAUGAAUACUAGCAAUAGGUCUAGAUUCUUGUUUUUCCGACUAUGAAGCGCAGUCUGUUGGUAAGACGCUUCUCCUUCAAUCAAUAGGUCGGAGGGUUCGAGUCACCUAAAAGACUAAAUUGCAAAUGUGUUUUUUCUUUAUUUGGAUGUAACAAGAAAAAAAAAUCUUGUUUUCCCCUAUCAAAUUAGUGGCUUUUCUUUUCC